GGGCGUUCCUAGACCCUUCUAGAACCGAGCUCUCGGCCUUGCCGCCCCUGAGCGGGGCAGCGGGCUCCGGCAGCCCCGGAGUUGGCGCGCGUGCUGCUGGGUAACAGGCCUGUUCGGGCGACUCCGGACCGCCCCUGCUCGGCUCAUCCGUGACCUCCAGGGCCCCUGACUGCGGGAGCCGCGGCGGAAGACAUGGGACUCCCUCGGUGCACCUGUGACGGCCACCUUGACGGGGGAAGCAGCGACGUCUUCGAGGAAACCGGAAGCCCGUGGUGACCCCUGGCGACCCGGUUUGUUUUCAGCCGGCUUCCAAACACUGGGGAAGCGAAACCCGGUGGCCUUGGGGACCGCCCUACGUAGCCAGGGUUCGGGCUGCCAUGGACACACUAGUAGAAGAUGACAUCUGCAUUCUGAAUCAUGAAAAGGCCCACAGAAGAGAGACAGUUACUCCACUCUCAGCAUAUCCCGGAGAUGAGUCUGUUGCUUCACAUUUUGCCCUGGUCACUGCUUAUGAAGACAUCAAGAAGAGACUUAAGUAUUCAGAGAAAGAAAACUCCUUCUUAAAGAAAAGAAUAAGGGCUUUGGAAGAAAAGCUUGUUGGAGCGCGAAUAGAUGAAGAAACAAGUUCUGUGGGACGAGAACAAGUGAAUAAGGCCUACCAUGCAUAUCGAGAGGUUUGCAUUGAUAGAGACAAUCUGAAGAACAAAUUGGAAAAGAUAAACAAAGACAACUCUGAGUCUUUGAAAGUGUUGAAUGAGCAGCUACAGUCUAAAGAAGUAGAACUUCUGCAGCUGAGGACAGAGGUGGAGACUCAGCAGGUGAUGAGGAAUUUAAAUCCGCCCUCAUCCAGCUGGGAAGUGGAGAAGCUAAGCUGUGACUUGAAGAUCCAUGGUUUGGAACAGGAGCUGGAACUACUGAGGAAAGAAUGUAGUGACCUCAGAACAGAGCUACAGAAAGCCAAACAGACGGGUCCAUCUCAGGAAGACAUUCUGCAGGACAGAGAUGUCACCAGGCCGAGCUUGUCGAGGGAAGAGCAUGUUCCACCCCAGGGCCUUCACCACAGUGAUAAUAUGCAACAUGCAUACUGGGAACUGAAGAGGGAAAUGUCUAACUUACACCUGGUGACUCAAGUGCAAGCAGAACUACUAAGAAAACUGAAAACCUCAGCUGCAGUCAAGAAAGCCUGUACCCCAGUAGGAUGUGUUGAAGACCUUGGGAGAGACAGCACGAAAUUGCAUUUGACAAAUUUGACUGCAACUUACAAAAGACAUCCCCCUUUGUCACCAAAUGGCAAAGCCACUUGUUAUGCUCCAUCUUCCCCUUUACCCGGAGAUAGAAAGGUUUUCUCAGACAAAGCAGUUCUUCAGUCGUGGACAGAUAACGAGACAUUGGUUCCUAAAGACGGUGCAGACUUUCAGGAGCACAACUCCUAUGGGAGAAAUUCUCUGGAAGAUAAUUCCUGGGUAUUCCCAAGCCCUCCUAAAUCAAGUGAGACAGCAUUUGGUGAAAACAAAAGCAAACUCUUACCUUUAUCCAACCUGCCACCACUGCAUUACCUGGAUCAACAUAAUCAGAACUGCCUUUACAAAAGUUGAUUUAUUUGACUUGUGAUUUGAUCACAAGGACACUGACUCACUGGUUCUCCCAAGAGAUUGUUCAGACUGAAAGUGGACUCUGAUGAAUGUCUUGGGGAGUUCUCCAGUGUGUACAUUUGUACAUUCUGUACAACAUUAUGUAUGCAGUUGAUUUUCCAGUAUGGAAACCUCCAGUUGUACCUUUGAAAACAAUUACAAAUUCUUGCUUCUUGGAUAAAGAGUGGAAAAUGAAAAUUUUAGACAUGGUUUUAUAAAGUAUGUGACCUGCCUACAUAUCCAAUCAUUAAUUAAAAAGCAGCCUUUAAUAGAAGAGAGAAACCAUGUCUGCUGGUUCAGAUUGUGUCAAGAAGCAAAUAAGAGUGUGGGUAAGUCGUGCUUUCUGUAACUUCCUGAUGCAUAAGGAUUUGAAAUAUAAUGGAAUAAAAGUAGAUUAUGACAUCUCUAUGCUACUCUUUCAAGUUUUAAGAUUUAAAAUCAUUUUUAAGUAAAAUGUUUGUGUAUACAAAUUUAAAGUGCAAUUUGAAUUCUGAGACUUGAACUAAUGAUGAUUGAAGCCAACUUUCCCCAGUAUAUACAAAUCCUAAAUAGUUAAAAAUGAUGUGCUCUAUGAAUAAACUAUUAUAACCUUAUAUAAUGUCCAGUUAAAAGUAGAAAAAGCAUCUCACAGGGCAGUCUCUUCAGUGAUUCAUAGUGAACUCACCAUGUGAUCAUUUUCAGCAGGACAGCUAUCUGUAUUACACAGAGCAGCUUAUACACUGUUAAACUAGGACAUUUGAGAAAGUAAAUGCUAAUUAGCUGCAUCUAGAACUAAAUCUUGUGCUGUACAAUUAUGAAAUAUCCCCAGACUCGUUCUAAGUGGCCAAUCACUUGUAAAUAAGUAAAGAAAUAACGAAGAUGGCUUCAUGUGGAAAUUCAUCUAAAUUCCUUCAAGGUCAAAGCACUACGAGUAUUAGUAAUCAUGUAUUACCUGUUUGAUGUAAGAAGACUUUAUCCUUUUCUAAGAGGCAUUUCAUGUAUCCUGAAUUCAGAGGAUCUCUGACUUAUCACUGAAUACCAUGCAUAGCCGGGCACUGUUCACUGUUGAGUUAUCUCAGUCACUUACUCAUGCCUGUCCCUGAUUAACAGAAUUGAUGUCAGAUACUGGAAUGUAUUCUAACCAAUGAACACAGCUGACUCGAGGGAGUACAGGCUCCUGCCAAGUAAUAUAACAAGACCCAAUAUGCAUAAAACAAAUACACGACUCCAGGCUCUAGCUGAAGGAACUAACUAUCUGUGUAAUAAGAAAGCAGACACAUUUCUCAUGUGGAUGCUAAGGCUGUCCAUCAUUUCCGUCCAAUGUAGCUUACUGGUUUGCCUUUUUUAAAACCAAGAUGAGAAGUUUUCUUUUGUAAAGAGAGUCUUAUAAUGUUUUUGAACAAUGCCAAGAAAUUGUUUUAAUUAAAAUUAUUUUUGUUUUUAAAAUGGAAUUGGAUGUGAAAUACUGUCCUUGCCUAUGUAUAUUUCCGAAGUAUGUUAUUAAUUUUAUUUCUCCAACAUAUUCUGAAUGGAGCAAAUUCCCUCUAACUAGUAUUAACAGUUAUCAAAAAGGAUUGCUAGAACAGUCUGGUGUUAAUAGUUCAAAGUAUUAAUGGCCUGUGUAAGACUUCUUAGCUAGAAAAGAUAAACCCUAAAAUAUUUUUACGUGGUCAGAAAAUGUUUAAAUAUAUACUUAGUCAGUGAUACCAUCUGUAUUUUGUGAUUCAUUAAAAUUGACAGUUCUGUUGCUCCUUUUCAUACUUGCUGUAAUAGCUGGAUUUCUUUUGUAAGAAAUUCCAAUUAACCACACCUGUAACUCAGUAAUAUUAGGACACAACCAACAGCAGCCACCUGGUCCUUCCUCUUGGUCAGUUACUGUAUUGAGCCAAGGCCAAAAUAGAACUAACUGCCCUAUGAACGUAUUAAAAACCCAGUAUCCAAAGACACAUCUGCAGAAGGUACACUAGUCAGACAAGAGGUGAAUGUGAACAUAGUUUGUCUAGUACCUAUUGGUUGGGAGACACACAAUAGAAAUCUUGUUACUAUGUCACUGGCUUCUUGUAACUACGUUUUCUUUGAGUCACUGAAAUCAGCUGUAGCCCUGUCCAUUAGACAUGUGCCAAUGCUAACAUGCCAGCACAGAAAUAAUCAGACACACAACAGAAAUCUUGUUACUAUGUCACUGGCUUCUUGUAGUAACUGUUUUUAAUUUGAGUCACUGAAAACAGCUGUAACACUGUCCAAUAGAAAUGUGCCAAUGCCAACAGACUGGCACAGAAAUAAUCGGCUGCUUGCCCCUCUCCCUAUGCUGCAGUCUCUACACUUACUGAGUUUGCUCUGCUUGGCCUCCAGUCACCUUUUGUUGAUCUGUGGUGGUCUGGGAGAAUGGGUUCUUUGAAUUUCAGACAAGAGUAAAGUAGUUCUUUGGUGAGUACCAUGUGAAGCUUGAACAUGCAUCCAUUGACUAGGUUCAUUUCAUUUGAAUGAGAAAAAAAAAUUGUCCGUAGGAUUGGACAAAGUUAAAUCUUGCCUUCCUGGUUUUUGUUCCUGUUCUAAAAAUAGCUUUUAAUAUAAAAAGCUCAGACUAGGUAACACACUAGAACAGAAACUUACCACAGUUCCUCCCAAAUCCCCAAUGUUACAAAACAGAAGUUCACACUUAAUGCCAACUUCUUAGAAUCCAAGAUAUACAGUAUUUUCAGUAGCCAAGCUCAAAAAAUCAAGAAACAAUGCAGAAACUUUUCUAUCAAAAGUUUCAGUAAAAUAAUCUCAUCCGUUUUCACAUAAAUCUGUGGAAAGUCUGCAGCCCUGCCUACCUGCAUCUGAUGGCAGUGCUGGGCAAGUUAUCACCAUAACAGACUGCUGGCCACAAGAGCACAUUAAGUGGUAGAGUGAAGAAGGGCUCUGGUUCACAGCUGCCAUUAACAGUGUUGAAGGUGGUCCAUUCCUUCUUUGCUUUGGUCCUUUGGUCCCACACUAGCCAUCAGCCUGCAUGAUCAGAAGGUAAUGCACACAUGAAACUAUGACAGCACUGUGAUUGCAGUUCGAGUUGUAAAACCUGGGUUAAGGCCAGGAAAACAAUAUAUUCCUCUUUUCCCUACCCCGUAUUUAAUAAACCAGAACUCUGAAAUAAAUACUUUUAUUUCAUUAAAAAAAAUCAGUAUUUUCAUGAUUAAGGUGAGCAAACAUUGUUUCAGUCCAUCAUUUCUGGUUUACAUUAUAAAUGGCUUCCAUAAGCGUGACUUCCUGACUCACUGUUUGCCUACAUGUUUGUGGGAAGCUUCUGUAACCUUUUCUUGGUAGGAACUCCAGUUUUUCUGAAUUCUUCCCUUUCCUUGAGAUACUCCAGUUUGCAUUCUUCAUAGAAGGCUGGAUCAUUAUAGCUAUAAGAAGUAAAUCAAUAUAUUUCAAAAUAGAUACAGUGUAAGCUUUAAUAACAUUCAGAUACUCAUGAAGUUUAAUCUUGAAAAGUUGACUUUCAAUAAUAGUCACCAAGACACAAUAAACAUUAACUAAUGAGAAAACCAUGAUUUCUUUUUAAUUUUGUAAUAAAGUACAUAGUACUAGAAAGUCUUGAGUUUAGUCUUAUCACAGGAUGGAACAGUGAUGAUACUUAGGAGCCCAUGGUUCAACACACAAGGGCUGGACUAGAACCAAAUACAAAAAGGACAGGGUUAGACAUGGAAACACGAAGAGGGGAGGUGUCACUGAGAGCGCCAUUGGGCCAGUCCUUGCAAGGCCACAGAAGGGACAUGGUGAGGGGAAAGUGAGAUGCGUGAGUCGCUCCAAGUGGCCUGAAGCUCAGAGUGGGUUGUGCAUACAGCAGGAAGAGCCUGAGAGCACUGACUGUACAGCAACCAAAUCAGGUUGGGCCACUGAUGUCACACUACAACAGUAUCCUGAGAGCAAUAGGACAAGACUAACUGGAUGAAUGGCAGUGUAUGGCAAGGCUAAAAGGGAACAGCAAGGUUUUUAAAGUUGGAUCUCUAAUAAUAAUAUUCAAGCAAGAAAUGAUGGGCACCUAAGCUGGCCCAAAGGAAGAGCUGUGAGGAUGCAAAAGGAAAGGGCUGAUUGGUAACUAACCAGAAUUUGUUAGAGGCAGACUCUAGAUUAUAGAAAACUAAUUCAAGCCACAUGACAGGGACUGAACAAAAAUAUUCCCUUUAAGACAUGCAGAAAAGCAGAGAAACAGGAUCUGUAGUGAUUUAAUCCAGGGGUACAAACUACACUUAGAUUUAAGAUUCUUAACAGAACCCAAAGAAACCAACUUUAAGCAAUAGAUUAAGGGAGACAAGGCUGAGGAGUGGAGAAAUGUGUGGCCCACCCUAAGUCUGAGCCACACCUGAUGGCAGCGUCUCUGAAUGGACAUGGUAGAAGGAAGCUUUUGCUUUUUGCCUGCUUGUUUUCACUCUCCCUGGUGAGCCCAUCUAUCCUGCCGAGGCCUGCCUUCCUUCACUGGCAGUGAACUUCUCCAGGAUCCAACAGACCAAAGAGCAGCUGAGACACUCAGCCUCAAGGACUGAACAACUACUGGACUUUAUGUCAAGACAGCCAUUGAUGGGCUAGCCUGACCACAGGCUGUAAGCCAUUUUACUAAAGCCCCUUCUAAUGUCUGUGGAUGCAUUCUGUCAGUUCUGUUCCUCUGGAGAAUACUUAUGUUAAACAAUGUAACAAAUUUCAGAUGUGGGCUACAGAGCUGAAGACCUUUACUUACCUAUCCAUCAUGGUCAACUAGAAGUCCCCACUGUAACUUUACCAAACCCCAAAUCUCAUAACUAAGAUGUGGCAGGUUUGUUUUGUUUUAAUCAGUGUUUUACUGCUGGACAAAACAACAGCUAUUCUAACCCCUACCUCCUCCCAAUUGUACUGUCAUCAUGGCUACUCAGGGUGAUUUUGUAGUAGUCAACUCCUGAGGUAAAUAUUCAUGUUGUAAUUUCUGUAAUAAAUGUAUUUCAUGACUGGC